CACAAUGCCAUUAUUGGGACCCAAGAAAAGUACUUAUGGGUGGGUAGACCUGGCAGCCGGCUGAGAAGUCUUGUCAUAUUACGUCCUCGGUCGUCACAAUGUAUCAUUCCAUUCUCCUAUGCACGCUGGCUGGUCUUUUGGGCCUGCCAGUGAGCAUCGUCGCCUUGCCACAUGAAGCCCGAGCCACCGUCAACCACCAGUAUCUGACCAACAAAACGAAACCCUAUGCUGUCGAUGGUGCGCACCUACCCGACAUUCAUUGGGACAUUGGGGAGAGCUAUUCUGGCCUGAUCCCCAUUCAUGGGGACAAAGAGGGCCGAGAAUUGUUCUUUUGGUUUGUACCCUCGCAAAACCCGGCGGCAGACAAUGAGAUUACGAUAUGGCUGAACGGCGGUCCUGGUUGCUCGUCUUUGAUGGGCUUUCUACAGGAAAACGGACCCAUAAGUUGGCAGAAAGGGCAAUUAGCCCCUAUUCCGAACGUCUACUCUUGGACAAACCUUACGAACGUGGUCUGGGUCGAGCAGCCUGCAGGCACGGGGUUUUCUGGUAGCGCUGGAGCUGGAAAUUAUACCAAUGAAAUCGAGGUCGCCGCUGGAUUCCUCGGGUUCUGGAAGAAUUUCAUUGACACCUUCGAUAUGAAAGGGCGCAAAAUCUCGAUUACUGGCGAGAGCUACGCUGGAAACUAUGUGCCCUAUAUCGCCGAAGCCAUGCUCAAUAAGACUGGAAAGGAGUUUGAAUCAUACUAUAAUGUCACUGGCAUCUUGAUUUAUGACCCUAUACUGGGUGACGAGGCAGUUACAACGAGUGCACCGGUGGCGGACUUUGUCAUGGCAAACAAGAACCUCUUUCCAUUUGAUGAUGAUACCAUCGAGGUCAUGAACAACAUCUCGGAAACAUGCGGCUACAAAGACAUGAUGGAGCAAGCCAGCACAUUCCCGCCCACCGGCCUCAUCGCGGUGCCAGAGAUAUUGGAGGUCAUGCAAGGCGGUACAAGCAGCAGCUACCUCAACAACAGCGACUGCAACUUGUUUUACCUGAUGGAGACAUUAGCCACAGAGAUGAACCCCUGCUUCGACCUGUACUAUAUCGGGCAAAGUUGCGAAUACCCAAGCGAUAUUAUCGGCGAUCCGUAUCAUAAGAAUGCAGCUGGGUCGCCCGCGAUAUACUUCAACCGUUCGGACGUGAAGAAAGCCAUCCAUGCUCCUGUAUCGUUUGACUGGAGCUUGUGCAGCACUGGGGUUUUCAAGAAGAAUUCACUCGGCCAGCAGUAUGACUCUUCCCCACCGUCCGCCGCCAACAACGGGCCCUUGAAGACCGUCAUCGAGCGCACGAACAAUACCAUAAUUGGCCACGGACUGCUCGAUAUGGUUCUCAUGGUCAAUGGCAGCUUGCUCGCACUGCAGAAUCUCACGUGGAACGGACAACAGGGGUUCUCAGCCCCGCCAACGAAGGAUCUAUUGGUACCAGAUUAUCCGCAGGGACUUGUACCGCAGUCAGGCAGUGGUGUCUUGGGACAUUGGGUCGAAGACCGCGGAUUGACGUUUAGUACCGUGGAGCUGUCCGGGCAUGAGGUCCCUGGCUACCAGCCUGGCGUGGCCUACAGGCAUCUUGAGAAGUUGCUGGGAAGGAUCGGGAGCUUGGAUGAGGAGAGUGACUUUAGUACGGCAAGUAAGCAUUUCAAGAGGGAGGAGGUGAAGUAUGGAGAGGUUGAUACUGUGCAUCUGGCGCAGCGUAGGUCUCAGGUCGCUAGGCGCGGCUGAACGGCUGGGGACCUACUCUGACAUGCAGAUCUGCCUAUUGCAAACAAUGCCUACGAUCGCAACGUUCCUUGGAUGCUUCCAAAACUAGAUUAUCUUCCGCUGCCAAUGCUAACAGGUUCGUAGACGCCGAAACAAACUUGACUUCCAGAUCAGAUGAGAAGAUCUACAACUACAGCGCGAUGAUCGCUCAUCCAGACCUUGUCAUCGAAUCUGUUGGGAAGAACACCGUACGCUUGAACCAUCUUCUUCGCCUUCUCCAGCUCCGACGAUUCUUCGUCGGCGUCUUUCGAGAUACCCAAAUGGACAAAGUCGAUCCUAUGCUUCCCUUCCGCGGCCGGGUCGCCUUCGAAUCCGGUAAAUGUCUUCUCGUUCCCAUAUGCAUAGAUCAUGCCGUCUAUGUUGCCGUCGUCAGGGAUCAGCCGUCGCGUGUCCACGAAACCAGAACGAGCAGUGUUGAGGAGACGAUAUGCAUCUCCACUGGGCCGACUAUUCAAAUCGCCUGCAAGAAACGUAAAGUCCGGGUGGUACAGGUCUUGGAGUCUGAUGGCCUUUGCAAUGAUCAAUCUUGCCGAUUCACGACGGGACACCUCACCUUGAUCGUCCAGGUGCGUGUUCAACGCGAGUAUCGUCUUGCUGCCCGCUCCGUCAUGUGGAUCCGUCGGUGAAGAGGAAAGCCUGGAUUUCAGGACGGCGCAGGUGAGAAUGCGAACACUCGAUGCGUCCCAGCCCUUCUUGCCGACUUCGCCAGUCUCGUUGAGCCAGACGGUUUCAGAGUGCGUGCACUGCCAUGCAGACUGACGGAAGAGGAUGGGACUGUAUUCGCCCUUGGUCGCGCCAUCAUCGCGCCCGACGCCGAUGGAGGUCCAGUCAGCAGGGUGCGAGGAGUUGAAGGUGUUGCGCAUCAGAUCUUGGAGUUGGUGGUGCAGGACUUCUUGCAUGCAGACUAUUGUUGAUGGCGGGGAGGAGUGUGUGCGGGUGUGAUAUUUGAAGUGGCUGGACAGAUGGGGGAAACGCUCCGGCCAUUUGCACUCGUGGGCGUCUGGAUGGUCGUUGGCAUAUCGGAUGUUGUGCGUCAGGAUCCUAAGGGGAAGAAGGUUGAAUGAAGAUUCGGAGUGGUCAAGGGCUGUGGUUGGGACGUCCGGUAGAGAUGUGUCGCCCAUUUCGAGUGGUAUCUUACGAUUGCUGAUGCUGAGGUCUUGCUAAACGGACAAAGCAAUUUAUAUCUGGAACUUUGAACAAAUCGGGCAUAGGAGACUCAAACGACGAUAAAAGAGACAAUCAAC